GCAAAAAAUGGGCGGGAAAACGGGAUCUGAGAACCCUAUUGUGGACCCUCUGUCAUUGUGUAUCGAUUACAAACUGUUGUACUUUCUUAAAAAGAAGGAAGGUGCGCGGGAUAGAUAAAAGUAGCAAUUAAAGCUAUUCGUUGGCGGAUUAAAACUAGCUAAACCUGGUAGCUGACUGUAUUCUACGUUCCCGUGAGAGCAGCUAAACUUGUCUUCUUCGUAUUAAACAGCGACGGAGUGGGAGUAAAAUGGAAAUACGCUGGGGAAGUAUGACCUUGAGUAGCCUGUCAUGUUGUCACGACAAUGCUGUUGGGAGUUUGAAAGAACUGGAAUUCCGUUUUUUUACACACGGAGUUUUGUUCCUAUUUGGUAUUUCGAUUCACAGCUACAAACUGAAAUUUCAAGCAAUUAACCUCUAAGCCACAUUCAUAAACGAGUAAUUGUUUAAUUUUGAAAGCAAGGAAUAUGUCUCACGGCGCGACUGGGUAUUUUACUACCUCCUUCCUUUUUAACUAUCUUUUGUCGUAAUCUUCACCGAUAGGUUUCUACUUUGAGCUAACCUUCUCAGAGCCCAAAACAAGGUGAAAUUAUAAUUGCGAAUUUCAGAUACUCAGAAAAAAAAAACACCUGGUCUUUCGUACUCUUGCUCGAGAGAUUGAGAUCAUAUUCUCUUGUCUUGCUAUAUUCUUUUUUUCGUCCCGGCCAGCAGGAAUAACAUGCACGAUAACGAGUGCUCUGUUGCUUAGGAACCGUCCGAUUGCUGCGAGUUUUAACGGUCUCACGGCGUGGAAAAACGUACGAAGCGCGUAGUUUUCCCCGCGCGCGCCUCCUCCAGGACGUUCCCCUAAAGCUAUCCCAUAAAACGAAGAAGCCAUAAGUUGCAAGGAAUUAACUGAGCAAUUGUACUAACUUAAUUGAAACUGGUUUGACUGUGAACUGAAGAUUAAAAACGGCAAAAACCUGAUACCCUAUUCGGUCUCACUAAAGUUAUGGGGGUUUGACUUCUUAAAGUUGCAGCCUGAUGCGAAAAAAGACGCUCAAAAACAAUCAACAACAACAACGACGCGCAUUCACUUCGACUAAAGGCUUCGAUCUAGUAGCUUAAAAUUUCGGAAGAGUGGUUUGGUCAGCCGCAAAAAUUAAGUUCGCCGACUCACUGAGAGAGCGACGGAGUACUCACCACGCGCACCUCCGAUCUCGUAGGUUUAUGAAGGGAUUAAAAAAAGGAAACACAUGCACUUUUAGAUUAUUACUUCUCUGUCAGGGCAUCUGUUUAAAAUCUGAGAGCGUAUUACCUUGUGUUCCUCGUAAUUUUCCCGCCAGUUGUUGAGCCUAGAUAACAAGACUUUGUGUUGCGACUACUUAUCCAUGUUUUUUUCAGAUAACAUGCGCCCCCGUAUUUCGUCUCGAAACAUUGGCUAGUAAUUAAACAAAUUUCUACGCAUGUUAUUCCAACAAUAUUCGAACAAAGUACAUAAUCUUUCUAAGGCCAAAUAUACACUUGGCUCCCAUGCACCGUUUCGGGCAGGGUCGAACGAUUACCUUUUUCGGCCCUAGUUUCGUCUGGUGUUAUUUUCAGCUUUUGCUUCAGCUGUUUAAGGGCACAAUUUUAAGUUAAAUCAGUUUCGUUUCAGGUUUUUAAAUCUCCUUUGACGAAAAGAUCACGCCAUUUUGGGACAGCACAAGGCAUCAGGACCGUACUUAUUUUGGCAUGAAUUCUUAACGAGUUUGAUUAAUCGCAUCAUGGCGAGUGACAAGAGUUUAGCAAGAUUAAUGGACCUUUGUCAUUGUGGUCGGCAACUUGGCACUCAUGGCUCAAAGGUUCCGUGAGGUGUUUCAGCUUUCACAUGCAAGACCGUGAAAGGGCACGUGCUCGAAAUUUCAACGACUUCCAACAGACUCUAAGUGACUCAAGGUUUAGUCAAGCUACGGCUUGGUUGAUCAGCUUUUCAACAAAAUUUCCUGGUUCUAAGGUGUUCAUUCCAUUUUAUUUCUUGCGUGAUUAAAAUAUCUCUUAAAUAUGCAUGGAAAGGAUUAGUGUCGUAUCGCAAAAGAUGAUCUUAAGCUGCAAAUUAAAACAAGACGAAUAACUACAAUUAAUCUUACGGCAGGUCAUUUCUGCGAUGUAGAAUAUUGCCUCUAGUUUCCUAGGGAACAAAAGGCUCGAAACACGGGAAAUGACAGAAAACAAGAGAACCGCGCAGAUUUGGAAACUUUCAUCAGAUGGCCGGAUUGCCAACGGCAGCGUCCACACUGCUACGCCGGAGAAAUUUGAGAACGCAGCUUUAAUUCCAGGGUUUGGCCUACCGGCUAUACUAAAUCCGUCACGAAAACGGAGCUUUCCAUGAGCAGGAGGACUUUGAGGACGUCGGCUUUGCAUUUUUAUUUGGACGGAAAACGUUUUGAAAACGAUUUCCCUGGCCUUGUUUUCCUUAAUCACAAAUCUAAAAUGACCGGUGAUUGUUGCGUUUUUAGAUUCCUCCACGGUUGUGUGGGCGGAAAACAUUUGAUGCGUUUUCAGGGUGAAACCUUCGUUUUCAAAUAUACUUCCAGCGUGGUGUGGACGGGGCCUAUAAUAAUUUGGGUUCAGUAUGUUUUUCUCCAUGCAGGCUUCACGGCGUGCUUGCCAUCGCUAGGGAGUCAAGACAGCUUUAAUGGAUAAAGAAGUCUUAAAUAAAAUACAUUAUGAUUUCGGUAUUCUUAUUUACGUGCAGGUAUUAACCAUUACCAGAAUAGGCCUAAAAUGAGUUGUAAUGAGUGUAGGGAAGCAGUGACGUGUGACGUAAUGCCACCAAAACAAAGUACAGGACAUUUCACAAAUAGGUGCUGAGGGACACGGAAUACAUUUGCAGACCUCUCUAACAUGACUAACAUCGAUAAUCGAUAAAGUUCUUCGUACGUGCCUCGACAAAUAGCGUUUGAAGGAUUAAGCAAUAGCAAUUUCCUCGAGCUACAUUCACAGCUGUCGGUCAUAUUUCACAGUAGUGUUAUUCCGUCACAAUCGAUUACCAAGUACAUACAUUUUGCAUCAACGCGCAUGACAAUGUGGUUGACACAACGGGAGGGCUUGCAUGUGUCCCACGAGGAUCAUCGCCCGCGUCUUUGACGAUUUGGUCACAGUGUCAGGAAACGAUAUCGUGUUUGGAAAAGUAUAUGUCCUCAAGAAAGCCACACUUGUUCAUGUUGUAUCAGAAUGGCUGUUCACACGUGUCCGGGUUAAAGUCAUUUUAGACGAUGACUUGAUUCCAGAAAAUUAAUACAAUUUAAAGCAAGGAAAGAACUGUGUUGGACUGUGAAUUUCUUAUGGCCAGUGAUGAAAAAAUCCUCGACGAGUUGCAUUUUCUUUCCUGGAAAAUCGAGGCAUUAGAAAGGAAGCUUGAAACCAGUUUGGCAAUUCAAGAAGACUUGGCAGCCAAUUUGCUACCAGAAGACGGCUCGUCUGCGGCAUCUGUAACGGCAAUCAAGAAAUGUGGGAGAAGGCACGUCUCCGGUUCGAGUUGUUCAGAACCUAUUUCCAGCGACGGUGAACACAACAGUUCGCGCCUUGAUAGUGCGAUCUCUAAAGAUUCAGAACACGAGCUCGAACGCAGCACUUCUUAUCUCAUUAUUCCCGUCGGCAGCUACAAAGACAAUGACUCUUAUUCAUUUACAACAGAAAAACAAACUUUCAUAUGGUCAGAAAUGGAUGAUAAUGCGCGUAAAUAUAUUACCUGUGAAGACGCAUUUAUCGGCGAUAACGACGGCGCCACAGAGAAUAAGAUCAAUGCUAAUCAGCGAGAUUUAAGCAUUCCAAGUGUUACCAAUUCGCUAAAAUCGUUUGCGAAUGAAGUGAUACCGCUACCGAGCCAAAGCAGCUUUGGUACAAGCGAAAAGCAAAUGUGUACUCAGAGGAAUGAACGUGUCUCCGAGAUAAUUCCUUCGGAAGAUUGUUUACUUAAUUCAAGAGGAUCACAUUCCAAUGCCUAUGAUCCGUUUGAAGGGAAACGGGAAGUUGGAGGUGCUAUCGACAUUGAAUACGAUCAAGAAGAGAAAAUGGUGUCUACAGAAUGCAAAGAUUAUAAGCUGCCUUUAAGCCGCAAAUAUGGCCUUACUAUUGGCAUAGCAACGGCUAAAGAGCCUUCUCAAGGCAUCAGCUCUAGUGGCGUUAACUCGUUUAAACCCAUUACUCGACAUCAUUCUGAAAGAUUUCAAAGUCAUUUCGCAGCUGACGAAAUCAAGGAGCAGAGGGCAGUGGAUGAGCAAUUGAGGUCUUUGUUCAAACAAUCAACAACUCAAUCAACGCAUUCUUCUGAUGGGGCAACAUUUGAUCAAAUUUACAAUCACUCUUCAGAGUCAAUGCACUGUGACAACGAGAAAUACAUGGAAUACAAACAGAGCUCAAGUGAUUUUAAACCUGACAUCAGCGCUUAUUACACAGAAAAAGCCGGUGAACCAUCUUACAACGUGAUCUAUGUUGUUUCGGAGCCACUUGAGGGCGAUCACACUAACUACGAUUUUGUUGACACUUUAGGAGAACGAGAAGCAUUCUAUUAUGAAAGGAAUCCAGCCAAAUUAAAUGCAAAUCUCAGUGAUGCGUUUGAACAAUCAUCUUCGACAAACACGGAACCAGACAGACAGCAAGCAAUGGCAGAUUAUCCACUACUCGUGAAGGAUGGAAAGUACGAAAACGUUGUUUAUUUUACACGGCAAGUGGAGCAAUACCAGAACGGAAACCAUGGAUUAAAACAGAACGAAACGAUGAACUGUGACGCUGUUGCGAGUAACAAGCUUAUUGAAAUGCAAAUGAAUCACGUUCCAGAAGAACAAAGAUACGAGCACGCCUAUUAUACUCGUAAACGAUUUGACGCUAAGAGUCUUUUAACAAACAAUGGCACUGGUUACACAGACGGCAAUGAGAGCGGACAACACAUUCAAAACGUCCCAGCAGAUGUAAACAACAACGGCGAAGCUGUAAAGGCAGUACUAUUUCGAGUUGACAAAACAAAACCACAGUACCAGGAGGCUGAUGGGCAUAUUUCACAGUUUAAUGAUCAAUUCUUUGGCAUUGUUGGCUACAACAAUGAUUACAAAGCAAUUAGCACUGAUAGCAAUGACAAGGUCGCCGCCCGCACCACGCGGUCAAAAAGCCAUCCGGUACACCCUAGUUAUCAUCAAAUUAUGCGAAAUCUUCACGCACCAAAGCGAGGACCACACACGCAUCAUUCCAGAGAAGAUGCAUUCGAGAACCAUCCGGAAAAAAGAGUUCCAAAUGAUAACACACACUCGAAGUUUCACUUCCAUUCGAGAGAAGAUGAAUUCGAGAAUCAUCUGGAGAAAAGAAUUCCACAUGAUAACACACACUCGAAGUUUCCCUUUGAGGCAGACGUCUUAACUGAAAGCGGGUUUUCGGAGACGUUGAUGUCAGCGUUGAGUGAUGAUGUGUUCUUUGACUCCACACCAAAUCCGGACUUGGUAAGCCAAACGCCUUCAGGGAAUGUUAUUACCACUAAUCACGAUGCAGCGCCCGAGGUCUCCGGAUCAGAGAGCUCUUAUUCUUCUCUCACAAGCAUCAGCUCUAAUAACGGUGGCAUCUACCCAUGGAAAAUUCGCAAAGACUCGCUGUCUCGUCAGGAUUAUAAUGAGAGAAAGCAGUUUGUCAUUCCCGAUUAUGAACAUUCAGCUUUGGAAAGAAACUCCCGCCCCUCCUCAACUUCGUCAUACUUCAGAGAUAACGAGCCAUCGUCUGACAGUGAACCCUAUGUUCGCAGCUUCAGGCUUUCACCCCUACCACGCCCUGCUCGCGCUCCAUCUCUUCACGAACAGCUCAUGGGGGAUAUUCUUCGGCGUGAAUACACAACUGGGCAAAUAAGAGUUUCAUCGCCAACUUCAAGUGUAGAUACUAGUGAUCUCUCUACGAGUGACCGUGUUUGCGAGUGCCAGUAUCAAUGUGAAUGUCAGACCGGAAUUCCUACAGCUGAAGACUUUAGAGAGGAACUGAAAGCCAUUUCUACAUAUGUGUUGAAUGCACGCAAGGAAUCAGCAUCUCUCUAUAAAAAGCCGCAAGUAAAAUAUUACCUGGACGAAGAGCAGGGGGACAUGGACAUUUUUGGUGGCUGCCUUCAAAAGAAAGAAAACAAAACUGUCCCGAUGCUCGUAAGGGUCAUCUUAAGACUUCGAAAGCACUUUUUUGGAACACUGGACUCAAAAACUCCUUUCGAGGAAAAGAGUGAGAGCGAUGUUAAUAACAAUGAACGUAUUUCCUUGGAAAAACUCGAGGAACAAACUUUCAACAGGAAGCAGCGGGGUCGAAAAAUUUCCUUCUCACCUUCAGCCAUGCUUCUGAGUGCAAUUGGUGAGAAUUCAGCGGCGGAAGUCAAGGAAGUCAUUGAAAAGGAGAGAAUAGAUGUGAAUCAGUUAAGUCCCAGUGGUCGCUCAUUGUUACACAAAGCAGCCGCUGCUGGAGACCUGGAAAGCAUUCACACCCUCAUUCAAUACGGCGCCUUGGUUAAUAUCGUCGACCAAGAUGGUUUUCCGCCGAUUCAUUCCGCACUUAAGAAAGCUCAUUAUAAAUGUGCUAUACUGCUUAUUGAAUGUGGAACUGAUAUUGCUCGGUAUACAACGGAACGCAUCCGGGAAUUCAUGGAAAUUAGAGACAUGACGACAGGGCAUUUCCCUGUUCUCCUGAAAACAAAUUUGUGACGUAAUGUGAAGAACAGUGACGUGCUAAAACUUGCCUUAGGAGAGUUAUCAACGUUUACCUCAGACGGGAACUGAAAUGACUCUCCAAUGCUUUUCAAGAGUGAUUUUCUUUACAAAAUAGCUUGUUUAAAAUAGAUGAGCACCGAACAAUUCAAAAUCGAAAACUAUUCAGUACUUUAUUGAAAAUCAUCGAUUUCAUUAAAAAUUAAGUCAAGAAGAAUUAAACUGGAUAAAGGUGAAAAAGUGUGAAAAGCAUUGAAAAUCAUUUAUUUUAAAAAAAAAUAAGUCAAGAAGAAACUGAAUGAAGGUGAAAUGGUGUGAAAAACGUGUUUUUUGUAAAUUUGCGUCAAGUCUGGGCUGAUGUCUUUAAAUUAUUCGCUGUUUUUAAUUACAGACUCAUGUAAUUAGAAUCUUAGAAUCAUGAAGUAAAUUAUGCUUUGUAACACUU